ACUUCGCACACAUGUUCCCGCUCUACAAGCCGCGGAGGGGGCUCAAGCGCGGCGACGACAGCAAGGAGACCUACAAGCUGCCGCACCGGCUCAUCGAGAAGAAGCGGCGCGACCGCAUUAACGAGUGCAUCGCCCAGCUGAAGGACCUGCUGCCCGAGCACCUCAAGCUCACUACGCUGGGGCACCUGGAGAAGGCGGUGGUGCUGGAGCUCACGCUGAAGCACGUGAAGGCGCUGACCAGCCUCAUCGAGCAGCAGCAGCAGAAGAUCCUGGCGCUGCAGAGCGGCUUGCAAGCCGGCGACCUGUCCCCGAGGAGCCUCGACUCCGGCCAGGAGAUGUUCCGCUCGGGCUUCCAGCUGUGCGCCAAGGAGAUGCUGCAGUACCUGGCCAAGCACGAGAGCGGCAAGGAGCUGAAGUGCUCGCAGCUGGCGGCCCACCUGCACCGCGUGGCCGCCGAGGCGCUGCCCGGCGCCGCCGACAAGGCGCCCGCCAAGGCGCCCGAGGGCCACGGCAAGAACUGCGUGCCCGUCAUCCAGCGGACAUUCGCGCACUCCAGCGGCGAGCAGAGCGGCAGCGACACGGACACGGACAGCGGCUACGGCGGCGAGCUGGAGAAGAGCGACGCCAAGGCGGACGCGCCGUAUUUCCGCAAGGACAGCGAACUCAAGUACACCGUGCAGGAGAGAAUAAGCUCCAUUAAGCAAGAGACUGAGGACCCGCCAGCCAAACGGAGCCGGCUGGAGGUGCCUGAGGACGAGGGCCCGUUCGGCAGCGACGUGCUCGGCCCGGCCGGCGCCUACCUGGGCCCCCACGCGCACCAGCCGCCCCUGUGCCUGCCCUUCUACCUGAUCCCGCCGUCGGCCACCGCCUACCUGCCCAUGCUGGAGAAGUGCUGGUACCCGGCCUCCGUCCCCGUGCUGUACCCCAGCCUGCCGGCCUCCGCCGCGGCCCUCACGGGCUUCAUGAACCCAGACAAAAUCUCCCCGCCGCUGCUCAUGCCCCAGAGACUCCCGUCGCCCGUGCCGGCCCGUUCCCCCAUCGACUCCUCGGCACUGCUUCAGGCGCUGAAGCAGAUUCCCCCUUUGAACUUGGAAACCAAAGACUAAGACUAAGCGCAGCGUGGCUCCUUGGCUUGCUCGAUUUUGGUUUUUUUUUUUUUUU